AUGUUUGCGAACAUCCACGACAUCUUCGAGAGCGACUGCAAGCAGAACAGAGAUGCGAAGCAGGAUGAGAACGAGCCGCUCCCGGAUGGCAGAGCCUUUAGCGGGAGAUCUGUGAGAGGACGAUCUGAGAGUUGCAUCUCCUCGUCGUCGCCUGCCCAUGUCUAG